AUGUUUUGGGAGGGGGAUGCAGAUGGAGUCGAAGCAAUUGCUCCGGGCGGCCAGGGUCCAACCCUAGAGACCGUAGCCUACCCUCCCCCAGCCUACUCUCCCCUCAAUGGCAGCAAGCAACCUGUCAGCCUGUCAACGCAGGAGCAGCGCAGCUCCAAGGCCUACCAGGAUCCCAAAUGUUUUUGGUGUGAGUCGAUCAGCACACCUUUCCAAUGGGAUAAGCUCCUGCAGAAUAAGCUACAGCGGGAUAAGCUCAUUCAAGGUUAUCCCCACGGGGAUUUUGGGAUCUCUGCUGCGAACACCGACGACUUCAAAAUCCAGGACCUGGCUUCUGACCCUGACACUCCAUAG